CAGCCAAUCAGCGCUCGGCUUCGGUUGUCAGUUGAGGCUUGUGCAGUGGCGCGGGCGUCAUCCAGUCAGACAGAGCGCGGCCGCCGACAUGAAGGGACCCGAGUUUGUGGAGCUCAACACCGGGGCCAAGAUGCCCAUCCUGGGCCUGGGGACAUGGAAGUCCGAGCCUGGGAAAGUGACGGCAGCCGUGACUAAGGCCCUAGAUGUCGGCUACAGGCACCUCGACUGCGCCUUUGUCUAUCAGAACGAGAACGAGGUCGGGGAAGGCAUCCAGCAGAAGAUCAAGGAGGGCGUGCUGAAGAGAGAGGAGCUCUUCGUUACCAGCAAGCUGUGGUCAACUUUUCAUGAAAAAUCGAAGGUGAGAGAAGCCUGUGAAAAAACCUUGGCCUCCUUAAAGCUGGACUACCUGGACCUCUACCUGAUCCAUUGGCCGACAGGGUUUAAGGCCGGAGAUGCGUUUUUCCCCACCGACGAAGAGGGGCUGGUGAUACCUAGUGACACCCAUUUCCUAAACACCUGGGAGGGUAUGGAGGAGCUGGUGGACGCCGGGUUGGCGAAAGCCAUCGGGAUCUCUAACUUCAAUCACAGCCAAAUAGAGCAGCUGCUGAACAAGCCCGGUCUAAAGUACAAACCCGCAGUAAACCAGGUUGAAUGUCACCCGUAUCUGACUCAGAACAAACUCAUCGAGUAUUGUCAGUCUAAAGGAAUCGCCGUUACCGCCUACAGCCCCCUGGGGUCACCUGACCGUCCAUGGGCCAAACCAGAAGACCCAUCUCUUCUAGAAGAACCCAAAAUCAAAGACAUCGCUACAAGACAUAAGAAAACAGCAGCACAGGUCCUGAUCCGCUUCCAUAUUCAGAGAAAUGUGGUCGUCAUCCCCAAAUCUGUGACCGCGGAACGAAUUGUGGAGAACUUCCAGGUGUUUGACUUUGAGUUGACCCCAGAAGAGAUGAAGGAUAUUUUCAGCUUUGAUCGGGGUUGGAGGGUCUGUGCCUUAUCCUCAGCGAGGAAGCACAAGGAUUAUCCAUUCAAUGCGGAGUUUUGAGGAUGAACGUCUCUUGGUUAUUUGUAUUUAAGCACUUCUUGUACUUCCGUAUUUCCAGUGUUGGUUUCUGUAUUACAGCUUUUCCUCAAGUGUUAAAAUGAACCGUGUUCUGCAGCCAAAAUCUCCACACUCCACUAACCUGCGGUUCAGCUUUUCUUUGUGAUGCAAUAUAUACAAUAAACCAGUGUUAUAAACG